AACCACACCCAUUUUUCUGUAAUAAAUAUUAAGAAUACCCUAAAAUGAUAAAAGUAUACAGCUAGACUUAGAUACACUAUCAAACUCAUAAAAAGGAUAAACAAAUCAAAAGAAGGCCAAAAAAAGCAAAUCAAGAAAGGUAGCAUGUGAUUUUUAUUGGUUUUAUUUGUAAUCCCAUUUAAUACUAACUUUCCCUUGGAAAGAAGUGGAUCAUUUCCCUAUAUAAAGAAGCUCUCUUGAGCUCUUGAGCUAGGUUGAGGAAACAUAUCUUCUGGUGGAGCAGUGAGAAAAUGGACAAGCAUAUAAGAAAUAUUAGUUUUGUUAUAAGCAUUUUAGUUUCAAUAUUGGUUAUGAGUGUUAAUGGAGGAACACAUAGAUUGUCUUGUAACUUUCCUGCAAUCUAUAAUUUUGGAGACUCAAAUUCAGAUACUGGUGGUAGCUCAGCUGCUUUUUGGCCUGCAAAUGAUCCGAAGGGUGAGACUUUCUUCCACAGGCCAGCUGGAAGAGGCAGUGAUGGCCGUCUCAUAAUCGAUUUCAUGGCUGAACAUUUUGGUUUGCCGCUUUUAAGUCCUUAUUUGGAUUCAUUGGGAACGAAUUUCCGUCACGGUGCUAAUUUUGCAAUAGGAGGAUCAACAAUCAGGAGGCUUAAUGAAUCCAUGUUUCUAAAUGGUGUCCCUCCAUUUCCUACUGAAAUCCAAGUUGUGCAGUUUAGGAAUUUCAAGGAGCGCUCCACCAGGCUCUACAAACAAGCCAAGAGAAAGUCAGAGAGAAGAGGCUUGCCAAGACCUGAUGACUUCACCAAGUCUCUGUUCACAUUUGAUACUGGCCAAAAUGAUCUUGCAGCAGGUUUCAGGACAAUGACAAACGACCAGUUUGUAAAAGAAAUCCCUGACAUUAUCAACAAGUUGGCCGAUGGCAUCAGUAAUUUGUAUAAUGAAGGAGCAAGGGCUUUUUGGAUACAUAAUACCGGUCCAAUUGGUUGCCUUGCAGUGACCCUACGUGGCAUCCAUGAUCCACUGCCUGGCUAUCUUGACCGCCAUGGUUGUGUCAAGUUUCAAAAUGACAUGGCUAUAGAGUUCAAUAAGCAACUGAAGAAGAAAGUGAUGGAACUCAGGAAAAAACUCCCACUUGCUGCUUUUACAUACAUCGACAUGUUUGCUGCUAAGUAUAAACUCAUAACCGAUGCACAGAAGGAAGGAUUUUUGGACAAGGCAGAGAUAUGCUGUGGGUAUCAUGAAAAUAACAACCAUGUAUGGUGUGGGAAUGAUGCAAUAAUAAAUGGUACAAAGAUUCAUGCUGGUUCAUGUAAAGAUCCUUCCAACUAUAUUAGCUGGGAUGGAGUACAUUAUACAGAGGCUGCAAAUCAUUGGAUUGCCGAUUAUAUCAUCAAUGGUUCAUUCUCAGACACAAAGCUUCCACUCUCACAAGCAUGUCAUAGGCUUCCCCUUCAAUCUCAAGUUGAACUACAUUGAAAUUGUUGUACCAUAUAUUUGUUUAUCAAAGUUAAUAAUGAAAAAUUUAGCUAAUAUCUCCAAGAGGGUCUUCCUCUGUUUCCUAGCAAGUAGAAACCAAACAAGAAGGAAAAAGUAAAAACAGAUAAAGGAAUUGGUAAUUUGUUACAAAUAGUGGAAUUUGUUCAAUAAAAAUGCUAAAAUGAGUUGAUGACAAUGCUGAAUUUUGGUUGAGACACUAUAAUUCUUGCAAACCCUUUAUUCAUCAAUGGUCUUGUCGAGCACCCAAUUCUCUGUACAAGUUCACUGAAUUGGGCUACCUAGAGCUUGGGGCUGGAAUCUGAUUGAGUCCCAUUUGGAGAACAAAGUUCGAUCUCUGCAUAAUGGACCCUGAGUUGAUAUUCUUGUGCUUUGGGCCUCAAAUCUCCAAUGUGAAUCAGAUCAAGAUAGGUUUUUU